AUGCGUAGCGUUAGCGGUGUCGUGGCGGAAUUCUGCUACGCUACGCUAAUCGCUAACAGCAAUUCCGCUGCGUUACGCUACACUAACUGCUACGGUUGUUUGACUCUGUUGGCUUGCAGUGACAAUUUGGUAGUCAAAAUUAUGAUUUUAUAUGGAAGGUGGGAUUGGAUGCAGGACCCCCUCAAUGAGCAGCCGGCCUCGAUUUGCAGGAUCUUUGAGUCUGAGCUGGACACCACAACCUUUCAUGCCAUCUCCCAAUGGAAAAGGGAUGCUGUCACUGCAACACAACUCUUGACUCCCGGAGGAUGA